UACAUAAAAAAAAAAAAAAAAAAAAAAAUCUCAGAGCGGCGCACGUUAGCAAAUGAGCCCGAAAAUAAACUCCCCCCUCAUUCCCUUUCUCCAAUUUUUUCACUUUCUCUCUCUUCCCCUCUUCUCUUCUCUUCUGUGUUGUUUAGGGUUAUCUGCAACCGCAGUCACUCCUCUUUCUCUCUCUUCCCCUUUUCUUCAAUUUCACUUUGAAUUUUCGAAUUCGAUUUUCAAUUUCCCAAUUCAAUUUCCCCUUUUUUCCUUUCCAAAUUUUCUAGGGCUUUUACAAAUUUCAAUGCCUCGGAAUUUCCCGACUUCAUCGGCUUCUGGUGUUUCUAGCGACUGUGUUUCUGCUACUCGCUUCUUCGCCAAAGCAGCGAGUGGCCGCAUCACGUUUCGGAUUUUUCUUCGAUUUUUUCUUUUCUUCCCUAAUUUCAAUUUUAAUUUGGCAUGACAUAGAGAGUUUUUCUUGCUUCUAUACCCCUUUUUUUCUUUUUCUUUUCUGUUAAUUGAGAGUGGGGUUUUGAAUUUUUGAUUUUUGGAUUAAAUUUUGGGUUUUUGAUCGGGGAGAGUUGGUUUUUCUAUGGCACCAAGUCGAAGGAAGGGCGCUAGUAAGGCUGCUGCUGCUGCCGCGGCUCGCCGGCAGUGGAAAGUUGGCGAUCUUGUUCUUGCUAAGGUCAAAGGUUUUCCGGCGUGGCCGGCUACGGUAAGUGAGCCAGAGAAAUGGGGUUAUUCAUGUGAUUGGAAGAAAGUUCUUGUUUACUUCUUUGGAACAAAGCAAAUAGCCUUCUGCAACCCUGCUGAUGUGGAAGAAUUCACAGAAGAGAAGAAAGAAUUUCUUCUGGGAAAGCGCCAGGGAAGAGGUGCUGAUUUUGUUCGAGCUGUGCAGGAGAUUGUUGAUUGUUAUGAGAAGUUGAAGGAAAAUAAUCAGAAUGAUCGGCUGAGCUCUGGCGGUGCUUCUGCUGAAAAUGCUGUAACUGAUGAUCUUAAUGCAUCUAAUGCAAGAGUUCCUGAUGCAACACAUAAUUCCACCGUGAAAUCACCUAAUUCUUGUAGACCAAAAGAUGAACCAGGUACUGCUUUGGAAGAUGUUGGAGCGCUUACAGAAGUAGAAUCUACGCAGCAAACUGUGCUAUCAGAAGAACAGGAUAAUAACGCUGCUGGACCCAACUUUUCCAUGCCUAAUACCUAUACUUUGAGAAAAAAGUCUAGAAGCAGUCAGCCUCAACGGUCUGCUAAUAAAAAGAAAGUGUCUGUUCAAAGGUCCAGAAGUUCACUGAGAUUUCAUUCGCGUGGUUUACAGAAUGGUGAGUUGAAAUGUUGUGAUAGCAAUCUUUUGGAUGAUGUUGGUUUAAAUGGGUUUUUAGAUGGUCCAUUGAGAAGAGCCAAGAGGAGUAAAAGAUCACCUGAUCUGAAUGUUCCCAGUGUUGAGGAUUCACCCAUUUGUAAUUCCAAUGGAACCGUUGAAGAUAAUGGAUCUGAAAUUGCUAUGGCUGACUCUGAGAACCUUAGUAAUAAUGAUGGUAGUGCAAUUGAAUCUGACCAUAAACGUGAACAAUUAGAUUUUUUCAGUGAAGGUUUUGAAAGAGGUCUUGAAUUGAGCAGAAGGCUUGAUUUUCAUGCAAAGACUGUUGUUGUGAGAAAAAAAAGGAACCCAGGAAGAAAACGAAUUCAAAAUGAUGUUAUAGAAUUUACUUCAAGAUCUGAUCAUGAAGUUAGUAAUGAGUUACAGGUCCUAAAAGAUACUAUGGCAUUGCCAUCCUUGUGUGGAAAAUUGAUUGAAAAUCAUCACAAGGAUGAAAGUGAUGAACACUUACCACUAGUAAAGCGUGCUAGAGUUCGAAUGGGAAAAAUGCCAGCUGAAGAGCAUCAGCAGCUUGAUUUUCUUGUGAAGGGUGAAGAAAAAUCCUUAGGGUUUGUUCCAGUUAGUGCUUGUAAGUUGGCAAGCACUUCCUUGAACUGUGACGAUAGCCAUCAGCCUACAAGUACUUCCUUGAACUGUGAAGAUAUCCAUCCGCCUACAAGUACUUCCAUGAGCGUUGAUAAUAUCAGUCCGCCUAAGGAUCUGUUAACUGUGAAUGAACUAAUUGUGUCAUCACCUGUGGAUAAUGUUGUAGAGGUUGCAGAGGAUAAGCCACAGACUCAAAAGGAAAUUGACUCCUGUGUUGUAAAUGAGUCGGUAGCAUUUUCACCGGUGAAUAAUUGUAUCCACAUUCCUGAAGAUAAGCCUCAGCCUUUGAAGACUAAGAUAAAUCACCCAUUUGGCUGUGUUUUUGAUGGCGAAGCUGCUUUACCUCCAUCUAAGCGCCUUCAUCGGGCCUUAGAAGCCAUGUCAGCUAAUGCUGCUGAAGAGAGUCAAACACCAGUAUUGGUAUCUUUGUCAACAAAAGUAGAAACCGAAGUGUCUCAUUUCCCUCUGGCUGAGACCAACUCUGAUAUGCAUUUGAGUAACGAAGGAGACAAUGAUCUGGAAUCACAUCAUGAUUCCUUGAACUGUAAUAAUGCUUUCCAUGAUGAUUGUGCUGGACUCUCUAACAUUUCUGAACCAACCAAUUAUGAAGUAAUAACUAAGUCAUUUCAAGAUGUGUCUAUGUUGGAUUCACCUGACAGGAUUUUGGACACUGAAAAGGCUGAAUCCAAAGAUAAUUCUGAGGAAGUGACUGUUUGUGUAGAAAAUAAAGAUCUCAGGGGGACAGAGAUCACUAUUGUGCCUGACAAUAUCCUCCCAGAUCAGGCUUCACAACCCUUUUUAAGCAGUGUUCCUGAGUCAGGGCUGUCAGAAUCACUGACUACUGUACUAACUCAGCCUCACUUGGAGGUGUUAAGCAAGGCAGGGGAAGAAGAAAUGGUUGAAAGUGGGACAGAAUGUUACAAGCCUGCGGAUAAGAUGCAAUCUGGAAAGGACAUAAACUCUGAAUUAGGGGAAGAUAAAGUUACAAAUGUUGGAUGCAGUAAUGGUACUACUGUAGGUCUCUGUAAUGGAAAGGCUGGAAAUUUUGCAACAAAUGAAAAUUUGAAGGUUGUAAUGACCAAAUUGACUGAAGCUGUUAGUUUAUGUGAAACUGUGAACAAAGGUGAAAGUACAGCAGAUGUAAGAAUGGAUGCCUCUUCAUCACCACCAUUUAAUGCUUCGCAACAAAUAUGUCAUGAUGCAGUAUCUGGUGUUCUGUCAAAUGAUUUAGAUGAUGAUAGUAAAACUACAAUUGCCCUUCCUGCUGAAGUAGAAAAGCAGAAGCAUGUUUCUCAUUCAAACAACCUUAUAGCUGCCUCAGAUAACAGUUAUCAUUCUCUGCGUAGGGAGGGUGAAGCCAUUGAUGCCAAGUUACCUCUUGGCAAGCUAGCCGCAGAUGCUGCUGAAAGUAAAGUUUUAGAUGCUGAUAUGUGUCUUCAGGUUAAGUCAGGGGAAAGAACCAAUCUAGCAGAAGUAAAAGCCGCUCUUGCUUCACUUGAAUUGACACUUGGGUCAUUGACUAGAACUAAAGAAAGCAUAGGCCGGGCAACUCGAAUAGCAGUUGAUUGUGUAAAAUUUGGUAGUGCUGUUGAGGUGGUAGAUCUUCUUGCUCUCUAUUUGGAGAAGGAGUCCAGCUUGUACCGGCGAGUAGAUCUAUUCUUCCUUGUGGAUUCUAUUGCCCAAUGCUCUCGAGGUUUGAAAGGUGAAGUUGGUGGUACAUAUAUAUCUGCUGUCAAGGAAAACCUUGCACGCAUGUUAUCAGCUGCUGCUCCGCCUGGUCAAGCUGGGAGAGAAAAUCGUAGGCAAUGCUUGAAGGUAUUACGGCUUUGGCUAGAAAGAAGGAUCCUCCCAGAAUCCAUUAUCUGUCAACAUAUACGGGAACUUGACUCACUUAAUUGUUCCUCUUCUACUGGCGGUUAUUCUCGUCGCAUGUCAAGGACAGAGAGAUCAUUUGAUGAUCCUUUACGAGACAUGGAAGGCAUGCUGGUAGACGAGUAUGGGAGCAAUUCAAGUUUUCAGCUUCCUGGAUUUUGCAUGCCCCGUAUGCUUAAGGAAGAAGAUGAUGGGAGUGAUUCUGAUGGAGGAAGUUUUGAGGCUGUUACUCCUGAGCAUGAUUUUAAAGAUCAAGAGCCGCAGGAAAAGACUCCUGCGGCUGCAACCGUGAAGCACAGACAUAUUUUGGAGGAUGUUGAUGGCGAGCUUGAAAUGGAGGAUGUGGCACCCUCAAGUGAUAUCAAAAUGGAUCCAACUGCUUCUGCUGCUACUUCUACUUCUACUGCUACUGAUAUUUCUCUUGAUGCACACAAUUGUAAAGAGCAAUUUACCUCGUUUGUCCCUCCAUUACCUCAUGAUGUUCCUCCUCGAGCACCUCCUUUACCUUCAUCCCCACCCCCACUCCCACCUCUGCCGCCACCCCCGCCACCACCACCUCCUCCACUGGCUCCUAAUGUCUCUAAUGUGCCUCACAUGGAUGUUGAUUCACAGCUUCAUGUUGGUAGAAAUAAUAUGCAAGAAGCAAUGUCAGCACGACCUCCAGUUUCCGGAAUGCACCAUCCAAUGCAGAUGCCUACAUCAACUAGCUGCUCUUACAAUUCCUGUCCUGUAAUGCAUAAUCAUGUAGCACCAGGGAAUAAUCUUCAACCGAUGGAUGGGAAUUUGUACGGAAAAGCUUAUAAUGUCAGGCCACCAUAUCCAUCCUCAUCCAAUCAAUUUUCUUACCUUCUGCCAGAUCAACAAGUCCGGCCACAAAGGGAGGUUGCACCCCCACCCUACUAUGACCGGUCUCGCUUUGCUCAGAGUGUAGAUGGUGGCCAAUUUUAUGGAGACCACGAUGUUAGGCAGCCGAGACAUGAGUUGACAGACAGCUGGGGAUAUUCAAGACCUCCAUAUCCCAGUCCAUGUGAACCGAUGAGACCACCUAACCAUGGGUGGGGAUUUCCUCCUCGUCCAAUGCACCAUGGAAAUCACAUGUCUGGUGGACCGCCUUGUGAUGGUAGCAUUCCAGUGGCUGCAAGAGCUCCUGGCUAUUGGCGACCAAGAUGAGCAUUGUAGUAUAGCUAAUUGGCAACGGCUGUUAGGCAGAAUUUUUUGGUCCAGAUAAUCUGGCUUUUGUGCAAAGGAUUGAGGGACUCCUUGAUGUGCAAUUGAAUUUCAAGUUGAAAAUACUGAGGACGGGCCUUUUGUUUCCUUGUAUAUAAACAUGUAUCUCAGUCACAUUUUGAUUUUUUUCUCUUUGCACCUGUGUCGCCCAAUGACGUAUGGACUGUUAUCUGAUCCUGCUCAGCAUCAUUCAUAGUUCAUCCUCCUCCCAAAGAUGAGUUAGCGUUAGUUUUAGUGCUGAAAUACAAGGAAGCCCUUCUUAGGAAAGUGUUAAAUUUUUGGGGCUGCUGUAAUACAUAUCUGAUUUAUCUAUUUGCAGUCCGAUAUAUGCACAGGUGUAAAGAAAUUUUGUUUAUAAAUUUUUAGAUGUAUUUAAUAUAUGCUCGAAGAUCCUUUUAUAGAAGCGGAUAACUGGAUAUGUUAUCAAUUCGAUUUGAUCAAUUACAAGGUAAUUUCAAUCUUG